AUGGCAGAUUCCUGGAUCGCAGAAACCACUUUCCACAUCAGCCUGCAUCUCAUGGCUUCGUUGGACAACGGGAAUCUGGAAUUCCAGGACCCCUUCUUCUCCCUCCCCGCCUUCGGGUGCUUCUUCUCUGACAGUGCAGCGGCAGCCGCUGGGUACCACUACUCCAACCCUCAAGCACUCGCAGGCGAGAAGCACGCGCGGGAAACGCUUGAGAGCGAAACAUUAGAGACCGGAACGUUUGAGCAGCAGACGCAUGAGGAGAGGCAGAGGCAUGAGAAUCUUGAGAGGGAGACGCACGCGAGGGAGAGGCGUGAGAGGGAGACGCAUGAAAGGGAGACGCGUGAGAGGGAGAGUCGGUCGUCAAUGUCGAACAAGAAGAGCCGCCUGAGACAGCAGUCAGCCAUUCUGCAGCGACGAGGACGCAAUGCGGACGCCGCUCGAGACCUCCCUCCUCCUGCCACUGCUGCAACGGCCAACACGGCUGCCACUGCCGGCACUCAGGGCGGGUCUGGCAGUCUAAGUGGUGCUGUCCCUCCAGCGACUGAGGGGAAGGCUGCAACAAGGCAGCGGGGAGGCACCAUGAGCAGCCAGAGGAGCUCCAUCUACCGCGGAGUCACAAGGCACCGCUGGACUGGACGCUAUGAGGCUCACCUGUGGGAUAACUCAUGCCCCAAGGAGGGCACCAACAAGCGAGGCCGCCAAGUCUACUUGGGAGGGUAUGACGAUGAUGAAACGGCUGCGCGGGCGUACGACCUUGCUGCUCUCAAGUACUGGGGCCCCACUGCUGCUACCAACUUCCCUGUUGAGAACUACGAGAGGGAGUUGAGAGAGAUGGAGGGGGUUUCCAAGUACGAGUAUGUCGCUUCCAUCCGCAGGAAGAGCUGUGGAUUCUCCAGAGGGGCUUCCAAGUACCGCGGAGUCACCAGGCACCAUCAGCACGGGCGGUGGGAGGCGCGCAUAGGGCGAGUCAUGGGCAACAAGUACCUCUACCUGGGGACGUUUGCCACGCAGGAGGAGGCAGCAGAGGCAUACGACAUAGCAGCAGUGAAGUACCGAGGGCUCAAUGCAGUUACCAACUUUGACCUCAGCCGCUACAUCGAUGGGCUCAGCUCUCAAGCGGAUGACCCUCAACUAGCGGAGGAACCCGUGAAGGCGGAUUCUGCAGUGCAGCAGGCGAUCUCGGACCUGGUUCCCCAGUUCCUGCCAUUCCAGAGUGACCAUGCAGCUGUGUGCUUCACUCAAGCAGCAUCAGUUGACCUCAGCGCUCCCCUACCCCUGCCCAUGCAUUCAGCGCACAUGCUGUCAGCAGGCACACCGAACAUGGUGCCAUUGUACAGCCAGCAGAGCAUAGAGGUGGACCAGCAGCAUCACGAUGGACAGCCGCUCCCAAGCUUUGCUGCUUGGUACGACGACCUCAGCUCCGACAUUGGCUAG